AUGGACCUGCUGUCCUCCCUGAGGAAGAUGAGUCCUGAAAGCGUGGAUCAGGAGUACAGCGACCAGUACUCGUUCAUCCACCGGGCCGUGGUCCAAAUGCUCGAGCGGUUCCUACAGGCGUCGGAUCAGCAGCUGUACUGUAACCAGCCGGAGCUGUCACUGGAGCGGUUCACAGCUGGGAGGAGGAUCAGAACUAUCAGAUCUGAGGCCAUGGUCCUCAGUCAGAGGGUGGACUGUCCUCUCCAGGUUGGAGGUGAGGUUCUGCCUCAAGAGGAGGACUUCAAGUAUCUGGUUUUAUUCUCAGUGAGGGAAGAGCGGAGACAGGACUGGUGCAGCAUCUGCAAUGAUCAGACCCGAGUGGUGUUGUCUCCAACCUCAGAGUCACAUUCAGAUUACAUCAAUGCCAGCUUCAUCAAGGGGCCCUCAGGUGACUGCAGGUACAUUGCCUCUCAGGGGCCCCUCAGCUCCACUCUGGUUGACUUCUGGAGGAUGAUCUGGCAACACAAGAUAAAGGUGAUAGUCAUGGCCUGCAGGGAGACUGAGAUGGGAAAGAGGAAGUGUGAGAAUUACUGGGCUCCAGUUCUUCAGUCCGCAGCCUUCGGACCGUUUACCGUCUCCAACCAGAGGGAGGUCCGACACAAUGAAGACCUCCUGGUCAGAACUCUGACUGUCUGCUACCAGCAGGUCCCUGUGAGGACAGGAAGCUCUGGACUGGACUCACAGUCCAUCAUUGUCCCACAAGAACGAUCGUCGCAGAAGGUCAACAUGAACGAAACGUACGCAGUCAUCAACAAGCCCAAAAAGGCCCAGCAGCCUCCACCAGAACCCACCUACACUGUCGUAGCCACACCUAGCAGUGGAGACAGGAUGCUCCCGUCUUCUCAUCACUAUGACAACGAUUACACCCAGGCCCCUGCAGCUCCCAUCUACAGCGCUGUGAAGCCCAGAAGACCUCUGACCCUGCAGCAGGCAGCCACACCCAUCUAUGACAUGGCAGCACCUGUGGAUCCGAGAGAGGGCUCAGACUAUCACCUGGUGUCAGCAGCCAAUCAUGAUUAUGAAGAUGUUUCUUCUGAGAUCAAUGUGAACAGCUUCUGCUCCCCUGGAGGCAUUGGGUUCAACUGUCGCGUUCAGAAGCCCAGAGGACCCAGAGAUCCUCCGGCUGAGUGGAGCCGACUGGAGAGAUGA